ACUCAGCCAAGAGCAGAACAGUUCGCUCUCGUCUGUUUGUGGGUGUAUAUAAGUGUGUGUGUGUGUGUGCUUGUGGGUGUGUGUUUGUGUGUGUGUGUGUUAUCCAGCAAGGAAAAUGUUCCUGUUCACAUCCACACUGAUCUUCAUCUCCACAGUCGUGUACCACAGUCACGCUGAGCAGACGCUGGAGUGUCCCUACAGCCAGAGCAAUAAAUACCAGGAGAGAGUUUGGUGUAAAAGGGACCCUUCAGAUCCCAACUGCUGCACGGGUUUCUCCUUUGGGUCAGGAACCAACGACUUGGACAACGGGCGUCUGAGCGUGUCAGACAACGGCACCACCUUUGUCAUAUCCGUGAAGAGUCUGUCUCAGGGGGAUGGAGUUUACUGGUGCGGUGUCACGAGCGGCAACAAGAAAAUCACCAAACUGGCUGAGAAAGAGAUCCACAAUUCCAUACAUUUCGUCUGGGCAAUCCUGCGCUAUCUGCUCUUCGGCCUGCUCCUGCUGACGGUCAUAUCCACUCAUGUGUUCUGCAGCAGGAGGAAAGCGAAGGAGUAAAGGCGAACCAUAUAAAAGCGGAAAACAGCCCUUUAACACAGAGACUCUGUGAAGAAGAAUGAUUUAGUCCAAUAGUAGACUUGUACAUAUUUUUUAAGCUUUAUGCUCAAAGUAUAUGCAUAUGUGUGUAUGUGUGUGUGUGUGUGUGAGAUCUCAGUGACUUGGUGCCAGUUUGACUAUUUCUGAAACUGCUGAUUUCCUGAGAGUUUCACACACUCAAGUUUACACAGACAGAAAGAAACUAUCCAGCAAGCGUCAGUUCUGCGGGGGUGAAAACGCUACGAGCCGACAGGAAGGCUUUAAUAGUUUAGAAGAAAAAAAAAAAAAGCCUAUGUGAAAUUGUGAUGAGCAGAAAAGCAUCUCACUAAAGCUUGAGGAGGAUGCGGCCGAAAAUAAUGAUGCUGAAGGUGAUGCUGAAGGUGUGCUGUGGUAUCUGGCACCAAGAUGCUAGCAGCAGAUCCUUUAAGUCCUGCUAAAGGAUACUUCUGAUGGAUACUGACCAGUGCAGACCGGGAACACCCCACAAGAGCCUCGAUCCAGUCGUCUAGCCAUCACAAUUCCUCGCUGAAAUCCUUAUGCUUGCCCAUUUUUCCUGCUUCUAACACAUCAACUUUCAGCUUCUCAUAUCCUCUAUAAAUGUUGCGAGCAAUCAGUAUCAGUAAUCAGUAUUCAGAAAGCUUAUUGAAAAUUGCUAUUGAAAUUGAUCUAAAGUCUAAUCACCCCCCC